CAGCAGUCGGGGCCGCGGCGGCGGCGGCAGCAGCAGCAGCAGCAGCAGCGGCGGAGGGGGCGCUGGUGGAUGAAGACAGCUGGAGCAAGAAACCCCAAGACCACGCUGCAGGGACUGACAGCUGAGAGCUGCUUUUCCCAUCUGCUUCAGCCCUAUACCAAGACAUUAAAGCUGCAGAGCCAGUGGAUUUUGACAGCAGGGGAGCUAUGCUGCAUCUGCAGAUCUCCAUUGUGCAUCAAGGGCAGAUCUGAGCAGGUCCUGCCUGAGAAUCCCUGGGCAGAGUGUCCAGAAGAAGCCAGGAGGCAAGGGCAGAGACUGCAUCCUUCGCUGGGAGAGCAAGGUCAGAGACUCUCCUUUCCCCAGAAGCCGAGAGGAUUCCAGCCUCAAAGUCCACGGGCAGACUCCCCUGAAGAUUGGACACUUGCAUAGGCUGUGACGUAGCCCUGGAGGGUGACUGAUAAUUCAUAAGAAUUUAGGCACUGUGGAACCUGAACAGCUGGAGCAGACAGUGAAGAGGCUUGAAGGUGCACCGUGAUGGUGGGAACCAUCCCACGGCAGCCACGCCGCUUCUGGGGGGUGCCUGGCUGGCAGGCGGCUUCAGCUGUUUGUGCCAACAGCUGCCCACUGUGGGACAGGGAAGCUCAUCCAGAGCAAAACGAGGUUCUGCUGCAGAGGGAUGUUGUGCUGCAGUGCACUCUGUAGCAGAGGGCUCACCUCGACAUCCUGAGUGAGGUGGGGUCCAACUCCCACCGCCCCAUCCCUACACCCUGACCUGUGGCACUUUACAGCCCCUCUCCUGCUGCUGUAUGGGCUACUCUGACUCCAGCUCUGCUCGGAGUCCAGGCAAGUAAGGCUCCAUGCGGCACAUCCACGCAGAGACGUCCCUGCCCACAAGCACGGACCCCAGCUUGCCCCAGCCCAGUGGAGAGGCACCCUUGGAGCCUUCCUCGCAACGCUGCACCCACCACAACAUCCUUAUGGGCUACAAUGAGACAGAAAUCAAGCGCCAGAAGGUUUACCAGGUCUCCAUCUUCUCCCAUCUCUCCAGCUCCUCUGAGAGCACAGAACAGUGGGCAAGCAGCCGAUCGGCCGUCAAGAGAGGCUACCCUGAGCAGCGAACUCCAGAGGGGGUGCGAGAUCCCAAACGAACUCACUGGGGUGGUGUGGGGGUGGAUGGCAAGAAUGAUGGGGGCCCUGGGCAGGCUUCUCUGGAAGAUGAUGAUACCUUCGAGGAUGGUCUGCUAGUGGAGGAGCUAUCCCUGUGUGGCUCUGCUCAGCACUUCUCCCACAGUGGGUUGUGGGUGGUGGAGCACCGGUGUGAGGGCAGUCCUAGCCAGAGCCCCAAGGCCAGCAGAGAGAACAAGCUGCAGGAUGUUGCUGCCGCCGCCACUGCCUCCUCCUCCUGCUUUUCCUGGCCCCAGCACACUGCUUGCAGUACUUUGCACACAAGAGACAGUUGCCCUGUCUCAUCAGAGGAUCAGCCCACAGGCUAUGGGGAUAAUGGUGAGAAGGCAAGUGGCUGCAACUUGCCUCACCAUGAUUUGCACAAUAUUGCACAAACAGCCUGGCUGGACUCUGGUGGGAAAAAAGAGAAGCCAGGGGACAGCCCAGCUCACAGCAGCAGGGCUGCUAGAGAAGAGGAAUCGCCAGUAGUGGCCAACGGGUGCAAGGAUCCCCCAGCUCCACAGACAGCAGUCAGCCCUGAGCCCAGCAAUCUGAGCUCCGUUGAGAAGACACCCUGCGGAAGCAGCCAGCUCAGUGGAAGCAGCUGCCUGGUCAAAAGGAAGCUGCUGCCUGCUAGUGAAGUUGUGGCUGACUCCUGCUCUGAAGAUGAAAGCCUGUCCCACCCAACAAAAAAGAAGAGGGCCCUGCUGUGCCAUACAGUGCCAACAGCCUGCCGCAGCACUGAUGCCAAGGGAGCCCCUUUCUGGAAUCACUUGCUUCCCAAGGCCAAGAUCUCUGCGAAUUGCACUGUGGUUGGGAGGAGGCUGAAGAGCGGGCUGCGCCUCAAGCUGCGACAUCUCCAGAGCUGCUUCCGGAGGGACACCAGGUCCUCCACAGUGCCCUGGGCCACCACCACUGUCAGUCAUGCUCUGCUGGGCAAUUUUGAGGAGUCUUUCCUGAAAGGGCGUUUUGCACCGUCAGGGAGGAUCGAGGGGUUCACAGCAGAGAUCGGUGCCAGCGGCUCCUACUGCCCCCAGCAUGUCACUCUGCCUGUUGACGUGACCUACUUUGACAUCUCUGAGCACAGCAUGCCCUCACCUUUCCUGGGAGUGAUUGACUUGGAGGCCUUGGGAAAGAAGGGUUACAGUGUCCCCAAAGCUGGAACCAUCCAAGUGACCUUAUUUAACCCCAACAAGACUGUGGUGAAGAUGUUCUUGGUGACGUAUGAUUUCCGGGACAUGCCAGCCAACCACAUGACAUUCCUGCGCCAUCGCAUCUUCCUGGUGCCCGUGGGGGAGAAGGAAGGAGCCACUGUGGCUCCCAGUGACCCACCGGGCACUGACCUGCCCCGCAGGGUCCUCUGCUACCUGAUGCACCUGAGGUUUCACAGUUCCAAGUCGGGGAAGAUCUACCUUCAUGAUGACAUCCGUCUGCUCUUCUCCCGCAAGUCAAUUGAGGUCGACUCGGGGAUCCCCUACGAACUGAAAUCCUUCACAGAGAUGCCGAGGAACCCCUGCUACUCUCCCCGGGCCUGACCAUCCACCAGGGCCUCUGGGGAACCUCCAGCACAGCACUUUGGGAAGAGAUGAGUAAAGAGCCAGCAAGCAACCACCAACUUGAAUACUGCCCUCCCUGUGCCCCCAUCCUCCACAGCACUAUGGACACUUUGCCUGUGGCCUGCUGCUGGGCUAGGAUGAUCAAGGGGGUUUUACCAGGGAGGGGCAGAGUCUGGGGAGCAGCCCUGGCACUCUAGGGACAUGCCCAAGCCUUCUGCAAGUGCUGCUCCCAGCUUGGAGACUUGGCUGUAGCCAAGAUGGGGAUUGAAGAGUUGGGCCAGGGGCUCCAAGUAAGGCUACCCGCUGGUCUGCUCUAGGAACACAAAGUGUCAAAGAGUCUGUAUUUAUUAGUAUUUAUUGUUGCUGGGAGCUCAGAGGACUGGAGGUGCUGUGCUGUUCUUCCCCCAGCCCUGUCAGUGCUGGAUGAAGCCCCUGGCAGUGCAGGGCCACCCACAUUGAGGCAGGGCUGUGGGGAUUGCGAAGGUGACUGGGGAUGGGGACACACUGGCCUGAGGAAGAGGGUGACUCCCAAAAGCCUCAGGAGAGUCAAAGGCUUGCUAAGCACCUGCCCUGUGGGGCUAGCCCCACAUCAGGCAGCUUAGGAAGCCCUCUGUUUCUCCUGAAACACCUCUACGGGAAGACAGAGAGAAGCCUGUCGCUGGCAGAAAAGUGACCACUGCCAUGGAUCCUGGGGCUGAGAGACAUGGUAGUCACAGGAUGGGGAUCUGGGGUCCUCUUCAGGAAUAGGGGGACAGACCUCCUGGCAGGAGUUCUCAGAGCCUGGGUGUGCUGUGAAUCUGAAAACAGGUGGAGAUUGCCAAAAAAAACAUCACUUGCACAGUCUGUGUGUGGAGGGUGAAAGACAUCCACAAGACAGCUCUAA